AAUAAAUGUAAGUCUGAACAUAAUGAAAAUGACUCACUUAAUAAUGGUAGGGUCUAUUCUGUCCUGACAACAUAUGAGAAGACAAUCUAAAUUACUUAUAUAACUGAACUCAUUAUAUAAUGCAAAUAAAGUUCCUUAAAAGUUAGUGGGGACAAUUUGAGCAUCCUGAAAAGUUGGUAGUGUUAUGUCCCUGCCGUCCCUAUGCCCUUGAUUAAUUCUGCGGCAGAAAAUACAAGAAAAUGUGUUAACUCAAAAGCUUGUCUUGUGUUUAAUGUAUAACAUCAUUGAGUGUUUAAAUCAGAGCUGGUUAACUGGAGGGCUGCUGUGUCAUGCCAUGUUUAGACAAUGCCUUUCCUAUUCUUACAAUUCAUGUGACUCCCUCUUAUUCCUGCAGUGACACUCACGCGUACACACCUGUUUUACUAAAUGUCCACCUACUGUAGUGUACAGUAAAUAAACAUGAAUGAAUGAAAAGUAUUUUUAGUUUAGGAAUUCCAUCUAUUAAUAGCAUUAACAACCUUGACUUCAGAGCUUCUCAAAGGAAAGUGAGGUUGGAUCUCAUGAUCCUAACACCCUGUGACUUCUUGUGACUCCAGACCAUUUUACAGUAUGUUCCCACCCUGAUCACUCCUGUAUUUGUCUCCAUUCCAAGUGACUUUAGCUUUCAAUCCACUCAUUGGAUACUGCCCACAUCUACUUUUUAAAAAAUGUGUUUGAUUAAGUUGACAUCAGUAAAUACAGUAAACAUAGAGGACUAGUUCCCAAGACUCACCCAGGAAGCUGAGCUGUAGGGGUGCGUCCUCCUCUCGGCUUUAGUCGCACCACGGAGCUCUCCAUCCAUCUCAGGCGGUGGAGAUGGCGGACCCGGCAGAGUGCAGUAUCAAAGUGGUAUGUCGCUUCAGGCCGCUAAACAAGUCCGAAGUCGCCCGUGGAGACAAAUACAUCCCAAAGUUUCAAGGCGAGGAUUGUGUGCAUAUUGCGGGCAAACCCUACUACUUUGACCGUGUAUUCCAGUCCAAUACUACUCAGGUGCAAUUCUACAAUGCUGUGGCCCAGAAGAUUGUCAAGGAUGUCCUCGGGGGCUACAAUGGUACAAUCUUUGCUUAUGGACAGACGUCCUCUGGUAAAACACACACAAUGGAGGGCAAUCUUCAUGACGGCGACAUGAUGGGAAUCAUUCCCAGAAUCGUUGGGGAUAUUUUUAAUUAUAUUUAUUCAAUGGAUGAGAACCUGGAGUUUCACAUAAAAGUCUCUUAUUUUGAAAUUUACCUGGACAAAAUCAAAGACUUGCUGGAUGUAACAAAGACCAAUCUUUCAGUCCAUGAGGAUAAAAACAGGGUGCCCUAUGUAAAGGGGUGUACCGAGCGCUUCGUGUGCAGUCCUGAUGAAGUCAUGGAUGCCAUUGAUGAAGGCAAAAACAACAGAAGCGUGGCUGUCACAAACAUGAACGAGCACAGCUCCAGGAGUCACAGCAUUUUCCAAAUCAACAUCAAGCAGGAACACACCCAGACAGAGCAGAAACUCACCAGCAAACUCUACCUUGUCGACCUGGCCGGGAGUGAAAAAGUGGGGAAAACAGGAGCUGAGGGUACAGUGCUAGAUGAAGCCAAGAUGAUCAACAAGUCCCUUUCUUCACUUGGAAAUGUUAUUUCAGCGCUGGCUGAAGGCUCGACGUAUGUGCCAUACAGGGACAGUAAAAUGACCAGAAUCCUACAGGACUCCCUAGGAGGAAACUGUCGGACUACCAUGGUUAUCUGCUGCUCACCUUCUUCUUUUAAUGACGCUGAGACCCGAUCUACACUCCUAUUUGGACAAAGGGCGAAGACCAUCAAAAACACAGUAACUCUGAACAUGGAGCUUACUGCAGAGCAGUGGAAGAGCAAGUAUGAGAAAGAGAAGGAGAAGAACAAGGUACUGAGAACGAGCGUAACCUGGCUGGAAACUGAAAUCAACCGCUGGAGGAAAGGAGAGACUGUGCCAGUGGAGGAACAGUUUGACAAGGAAAAGGCCAAAGAAGAGGCCAAAGCGGCAGAUGUUGUUCCCAAUGACAAGACAGAAGCCUCACCAGUACAAAUCAGUCUUCCUGGUGUGAAACUCACGCCGGCUGAGACAGGACAUUACGAGGCAGAGAUGGCGAAACUCUACAAGGAGAUGGAUGACAAGGACGAGGAGAUUAAUCAACAGUCUCAAAUGGUGGAGACGCUUAAGGAGCAGUUGUUGGACCAGGAGGAGCUCCUUGCCUCUUCCCGGCGGGACCACGACAGCUUGCAGACAGAGCUGAAACGUCUGUUGACAGAGAAUGAAGCUUCCAAAGAAGAGGUGAAGGAAGUGCUGCAGGCCCUGGAGGAACUUGCUGUUAACUAUGACCUCAAAAGCCAGGAAGUGGAGAAAAAAACUCAGGAGUUUGAAGCCCUCAGUGAGGAACUGAAUGAAAAAUCUAGCUCUUUAGCCUCAAUUGACUGCGAGCUCCUGAAACUGAAAGAGAUAACCAACCACCAGAAGAAAAGGGUCGCAGAAAUGAUGGCGUCAUUACUAAAGGACCUAACAGAGAUAGGCCUUGCAGUGGGGAGCAAUGAUGUUAAGCAACACGAGAGUAGUGGCGUUAUUGACGAGGAGUUUACGGUGGUUCGGCUUUACAUCAGUAAGAUGAAGUCAGAAGUAAAAACGAUGGUGAAACGCAGCAAACAGCUGGAGAGCUCACAGGCCGAGAGCACGCAGAAGAUGGAGGGGACUGAGAGGGAAUUAACAGCCUGCAAGCUGCGUGUAUCUCAGUAUGAAGCUAAAAUAAAAUCCCUGACAGACUGUCUCCAGAAUGUGGAGCAGAAGAAAAGACAGUUGGAGGAAAAUGUGGACUCUCUUAAUGAAGAAAUAGUCAGGAUCAGAGCACAAGAAAGAGUGAAUGUUAUGGAAAAUGAGAUCCAGUCUGCCAACGAGGUGAAGGAAGCUGUGGAGAAGCAAAUCCUGUCUCACCGAGAGGCCCAUCAGAGGCAAAUCAGCAAUCUGAGAGACGAGCUUGACAGCAAAGACAAGCAGAUCACUGAGCUACAGGAUGAGAACCAGGAGAUCAGGCUGGAACAGGAAAGGUGGCGAGUUGAGCAUGAAAAGCUCAAGGCGGUGGAGCAAGAGAAGAGUCGCCAACUACAAGAGCUCACGGAGAUGCAGGACAAGCGGGAGCAAACAAAGCAGGACCUGAAGGGACUGGAAGAAACUGUGGCUCGUGAGCUGCAGACACUUCACAAUCUCAGAAGACUUUUCGUCCAAGACUUGGUCAUUAAAGUCAAAAAGAAUGCUCAGGUAAGCUCAGAAGAACGAGAAGUCAGCACUGCCCAGAAAAGGAAGAUAUCCUUCCUGGAAAACAACCUGGAGCAGCUAACCAAAGCUCACAAACAGCUGCUACAAGACAAUGCUGCCCUCAAUUCUGCAAUUCCUAAAAUGGAGAAGCGUCUUCGAGCCACAGUUGAACGGAUCCAAGCCCUGGAAGGCGCUCUGAAGGACGCCAAAGAGAGUGCCGCCCGCGACCGCAAACGCCACGAGGAGGAAGUUGAGCGCAUCAGGGAGGCCACUAAGCCUAAAAACAUGGCGAGGAGAGGCUCAGCUCAGAUUGCCAAGCCCAUUCGACCAGGCCAGCUGCCAGGCGCCUUGCUUUUGAACCCAAAUGGAAACAGGUCCAACCUCAUGCAGAGUUAUGGUGGCAUCAAGGAAGGGGAUGACAGCUCAUGAAGGUCAGCUCAGGGCAAAGUACUCGUAUGAAGAUAAAGGCGCUGACACACCAUUCUUUUUCCAUCAAAGUGUACAUACUGUAUACUUCCUGUAUGCAUUGGCUGUGCAAGUCACCAUUUCAAACUUCCCGUUCACUGUACAAACAUUGUUCUUCCAAAUCCAACUGUUCUGAUUUAUUUCCACAUGCAUAGUUAUUAACAACAAAUAAAAAAUGUAAUAAUGUUGUCCCGACAUUUUUCUGCACAUACUCUGAAAGCUGAUUAUAGGAUUAUAACAUUCAUUGUGCUUUUGUUGGAACGUUUGAGUAAAAAUAAAUUGGAAACAAAUGAAUGUGUAAUGCAAGUUCCAGAACCUCGUCAGCAUCAUUAAUGUGAGGAAUAACUGCAUCUGUCUUCUUUAGGUUUACAGUCACUGUUCAUACAAAAACUUGGGAGUAUAAUCAUUGUAAUUGGUGGGCUCUGGAUCAUAUUUAUACUAAAGAAAAAAUGUAUUUAAAAAGGAAAAAGGAUGUCUCUGUGUGUGUCUGUGUGUUUAUUUCUGUCAAAAAGAACAUAUUAAGGUCAAUAUAAUUUAGGUAUUUUCAGUGACAGAUUUUGUAUUUUUGCUCAAGAUUGAAGGUAAACUCAGAGACUUAAAAUU